AUGAAGCAAAUAAUCCCCCUUUCCCUCUUUUGCCUCUUUGGCUCUCUUCUCUUCGUCCCCCCGGCCUCUUCUUGGUGCGAUGAGGGCCACAUGCUGGUGGCCGCCAUUGCCAAGUUGGUUCUGCCCCCUGAGCUCACCAAAAGGAUUGAACAUGCUUUGUCCAAGUGGAACGAAGAAUAUCCAGGAACUGGAGAGAUCGACACUGCGGCUGCUUGGCUCGACCAUAUUUCCUGCAAGAACCCCAGCCCUUACUGCUCUGGCUUUAAGGCGCAAGAUGACAUUCAAGUUUUCCGCCUUUGGCAUUACAGCACUCGCGUUUUGAAUCCUCAAAAUAUCAAAUUAAAGGACUUGUACAACUAUUACCCCUUGCCUGGAACAGGAGCUGAGUGGGCUCUGGAAACUGUCUACCGGAGCCUCAAAGAAGACCAAAGUGAACCAACUGCUUUUUCUUUCGCCAACGAAAUAAAACCAAAUUACUCUUUUGCUAAUUCCCCCUCCCCGCCUCUGGCUGCCAGCAAUCCUCCUUUUCCCGCUGCAGUGGACUCCAAUCCGCAGCAGCAGCAGCAGCCACAGCUGACAGCGCCGCAGCAGUCACUGCAGCAAGAGCCACAGCAGCAGCAGCAGCAACCCCAGCAGCAGCAGCAGCAGCCCCAGCAGCAGCAGCAGCAGGAGGAGCAGCCAGUUCGGGUUUCGUGGUUUUCACUGAAUUUGCAUUUGCGGCUGCUGCUGCACAUCUUCGGAGAUAUACACCAGCCGAUGCAUGCGGGGAGUCUGUACACCCGAGACUUCCCGGACGGCGACGAAGGGGGGAACUCGAUCUCCGUCCACCUCCCCGAACACCCGCACAUCGCAAACCUGCACCAGCUCUGGGACUCCGCGGGCGCCGUUUUCAGAAAGCCCUUUCACAGAUUCUCUUGGGACGAAAUUCAAGAAGCGGCUAAAGAUAUAAUUGCUGAGUUCCCGAGAGAAAGUUUGUUACAUAGACUUUCUGGAGAACUUUCGGGGACAAACUUCAAAGCAAUUGCUGAAGAAGGAUCCCAAAUAGCCCUCACUGUGGCCUACAAAGAGUUUGACUGGACUUCAUUUUCGAAGGCCUCGCUGCCCUACCAGCCCUCGGCCUCUUAUGUACAGACAGUGCAACUCACCACUCGCCAGCAGCUCGCAGUUGCCGGCUACAGACUUGCCCAUUUGCUGCAGUCCCUCGCCUCCACCUUCCCAGACCCCCCGCAGCAGCAGCAGCAGCAGCAGCAGCAGCAGCAGCAGCUGUUUUCUUAUGGAGGAGCUGAGGCUGGGGAGCUCGGCGCUGCAGCAGGGGGCUUGGGGGGUUCCCAGGCAGCAGCAGCAGCAGCAAAGGACUUUCAAAAUUUGAAAAGAGAAAAGGAAAAAGAAAUGAAGACACAGGAGCUGAGCAGCAGCAGCAGCAAAACAAACACAACACAGGGGCCCCCAAUGAGUCCCCAACAAAUUCCUCUUGUGGUCAAAAUGGGUUUUGAAAAACAGCCAAGGGGUCCCCCAGUUCCCCAAGGCGGGGAGCCAGAGGGGGCCCCCCUGGGCCCUGGGGGCCCCCCGCAGCGGGGGGGGCCCCCAGAACUUGGGAGCCCCUGGGGGCCCCUCUAUAACGAGGGGCCCCGGAGAGGUGGCCGGCGUUUGCCGAAAGAUAUUGCGGCCCUUGGGGGGGAACUGGGGGCGCAUGCAGGGGGCCCCAUGGUGACAGUUACGGAGUUGUGA